CUGGGAUUCGAGCCCAGGUCUCCACGGCCACAACGUGGAAUUCUUACCACUAAACUACAGCCACACAAUUCGUUAAAUAUUGGUUAAUAGCAUUUUCAAAAUUGUUUCUUGCCCUAAUCAUAAAACUCUUUCUAGGGCUAACACAGAGAAAGAGGAAGAAAGAAAGAGAGGCGCGGUAAUGAGCUCCAAUCUGUACCGUUUCUGCUGUGGCGCCGGCGCAUCCCUCGCGCUCAUCGCGUGCAUCGCUGCCGCCGCGGGCAGAUUAUCCUCCUCCUCCUCCCCCCGGAAUUUCUCGCCAAAUCUGCUUCGCGAUGGCAGCGAGGCACGUCUCGUCGAUUUCACCGACGCCAGGACGAUCAUCGCCUCCAUUCUCGGGGCAAUCGGCGCCGCGGUCUCCAGCGCGGGAGGGAUCGGCGGCGGCGGCCUCUACGUUCCCCUCUUCAAUCUGUUGCUGCGAUUCAACACCAGGACCGCGGCGGUGCUCUCCAAUUUCAUGAUCUUCGGCGGCAUGAUCGCCAACAUGAUGUGGAGCGCCUUCCAGCGGGAUCCCUUCGACGACGAGCGGCCGCUCAUAGAUUUCGAUGCCGCGCUCCUCAUGCAGCCAAACAUGCUCCUGGGGAUCAGCCUGGGCGUUCUUUGCAAUCUCAUGUUCCCGGGCUGGCUCAUCACGCUCCUCCUCACGAUCACGCUCGCGUUCGUCACAUUCCGGAGCUUCAACUGCGGAUUUCGCCUCUGGAAGGCCGAAUCCGGCUCCAAUUCCAGCGAUGGAGAGGGCAAGAGCGCGAAAUAUCACGAUGCCGAGGCUCCGCUUCUCGAUUCCGCCGAAAUUCCCCAUCGUCGUCCCCGCGCCGCCGCUGCCGCCAUGGAUCCGCCAGAGGAGGGAGCUCCCGAUUCAGAGAAGCUCGGGUGCUGCUCCGUAGGGUUUCCAGCUCUCAAGCUCGCGGGAUUGCUGCUCGUCUGGCUCUUCUUCUUCGCCGUGCAGCUCUUGCGAGGCAGCAAGACAAGCGAGGGAUACUUCCAUUUGGACGAAUGUGGCUUGGGAUACUGGCUUAUCACGGGAUCGCAGCUCCCUCUCACGCUCCUUUUCACGGUUUGGACGAUCCGGGAAACCACCGUGUCCACUGUAAAGAACCCGAGCAAGUGGAACUCGUCGCGAUCCAACAGGGCACACCUCACGCUUCCACUAAUGGCAUUGCUAGCGGGGAUUUUGGGUGGCUUGCUGGGAAUCGGCGGCGGGAUGCUCAUCAGUCCCAUUCUUCUGGAGAUGGGAAUGCCGCCUCAGGUGACGGCUGCAACGAGCGCGUUCAUGGUGUUCUUCUCGUCGUCCCUGUCGGUGGCACAGUACUGGCUCAUGGGAAGGAUCCCGGUGGAGUUUGCGCUGUGGUUCUCGGGGAUUUGCUUCGUCUUCUCGCUGGUGGGGCUUUUGGUGGUGCAAAGAGCCAUCCAGAGGUAUGGCCGCGCGUCCAUCAUCGUGUUCUUGGUGACCAGUGUCAUGGGCUUGAGCGCGCUUCUCAUGGCUGGUUUUGGGGGGAUGGACGUGUGGAAGCAGUAUGAGCGGGGUGACUACAUGGGAUUUAGAUCACCGUGUUGAGGAAAGCAUGUAUAGUAUAUAGAUGUCUAGACAGACGGAUAGAUUGGAUAGCGACGAGCGUCGCGAAAAUCACUCUUUUUGUCAUCCAAGAAAAUCUAUCAAUGGUUCAACGCCUCGUUGGACGCGCGGUUUUGUUAACUAAUAAAUUGUCAUUUUCAUCUAUAGUUCA